CCUUGCUGUUUCUUCUCACCCCACAAUCAGAUCUAAGAUAUUAUUGCCCUUGCGCACCCGCGAUCCUUCGAACUCGUGAAGUGAACGGCUGUCGAUCGAAGCUCUGAUACAGUGGUUCCGAGCUCUUCGCGCAAGAUCUCAACUAGGUAGGGCGAGGUGAAGUGCGAUCUUGAAAACUGCGUUCCAAUGCUGACUUGGUGAGCUGGCAUGCAGGGCGCCAGGCUUGCGCAUGAACGGCAGUCUAGGUGGCCUGGUGGGAGAGGUCCAGGGAGCGCGGAGUGGCAUUGGUGGACAUUGCCAGGGCGCCAGAAUGGCGCCUUCCAUCCUGUGGAUAGCCUUGGCCGUCACCUGCUUGAAGCUCCUGUUGGUGCCGUCUUACCACAGCACUGACUUUGAGGUCCACCGUAACUGGCUGGCCAUCACGCACUCCCUGCCCGUCAAACAGUGGUACCUUGAUGAAACCUCUCCCUGGACCCUCGACUACCCUCCCCUCUUUGCCUGGUUUCAGAAACUGUUGGCCCUCCCUGCGCCUCUAGUUGACCCUCUGAUUGUGGACGUGAAGAAGGGGUUGGAGUAUGAUGCCCCCAUGGCGGUUUUGUACAUGAGAGCGACAGUCAUGCUGAGCGACGUGCUUUUGUUCUUCGCCGUGCACAACUAUGCGUGCAGUCUUCCAGCAAGCAAGCGAGCGCUUGCCGCUGGUGCGGUCAUUUUCUCCCCAGGUCUCAUCAUGGUCGACCACAUUCACUUCCAGUACAACGGCGUUCUGCUGGGGCUGUUGAUUCUGAGCAUUGGCUUGAUCAAAAGCGGGCGGGAUGUGCUUGGUGGUGUUCUUUUUGCGUCCCUGCUGUGCAGCAAGCAUCUCUUCAUGGUUGCGGGACCUGUCUAUUUCGUGUACUUACUACGCCACUACUGUCGAGGGCCUCGGAAGUUUGUCCGCUUUGUCGUGUUGGCGGCAUCCGUGCUGUCAGUGAUCGGGGCAGCAUUUGGACCCUUUGUAUAUUACAAGCAGAUACCGCAAGUGAUGUUGCGGUUGUUCCCCUUUGGCCGGGGGCUGACGCACGCUUACUGGGCGCCAAAUGCAUGGGCUUUGUAUAAUAGUGCCGAUAAGGUGAUGUCAGUGGUGGCACGGAAGAUGGGACUAAGGGUGGCGGAGAGGGCAGGGGCACUUACUGGGGGAUUGGUCGGGGAGUCUGGCGGACAUGUUGUUCUGCCUGAGGUGACCCCCCUCUUGACCGCCCUUCUGGUGCUGCUGUCCUUGCUCCCCUGCCUCGUGCGCAUCUGGCGCAACCCCCGCCCUUCCGAGUUCCUGCGCUGCGUUGCGUAUUCGUACUUAUGCGGUUUUAUGUUCGGGUGGCACGUCCAUGAAAAGGCGAUCCUGACGGCCGUCGUGCCUCUGGCGCUUUUGGCGGUGGAGUCUCCGGAAGAAGCGGGCCGCUACUUUUUUCUCUCUACGGUGGCGCACUUCUCGCUUCUCCCGCUCCUCUUUGAGCCCCGCGAGUACCCCAUCAAAGUCCUCCUCACUGCGCUCUACUGCCUUGCCACGUCCGCCUGCCUCCAGGACCACUUCUCCGGAUCCUCAGACAAUCCCCAAAGUUCAGAACCGAAGACCGCUAACUUGAUGUCAGCAAAGUCGCCGGACAGGUCAGAGGUGACGUCAGGAUGGCCCGAGCACGACGCACAGGUCAGCGGUGGUGAAGGUACAGAGGCGAGGAAGCAGGGAUUGCUGACGUGGCUUGAGCGGGGUUACCUUAUAGGGCUUGUCUUCGUUGAGUUGUACGCGAGCUGGGUCCAUCCAGCGCUGCUCGGCGGCAAGCUUCCCUUCCUGCCGUUGAUGCUGGUGUCCACUUAUUGUGCUUUGGGGAUAGCGUAUGCCUGGGUACUGCAGCUAAGACUGGUUGCGCGGACACCAAGCAAACAGAGCAUGCAGUGAGUGUGUGACGGAUCCUGCUUUCACUUACCUAAUCGUUGUGUUUGGACGUUUUUUGCGGGUAUUUGAGCCGCAAUCGCAGCGGCCAGCUUCAGUGCCACCAUGUGCUUCGAGUGGCAACAAACCAUUGAGCUUUUGAGUCAUGGUU